AUGAAUUCUGUAUUUCAUAUCAUCGUUCGUCGAUUAUCAACUCAACAAAAUCAUUACAAAUUAGUUGUCAUUGGUGCUGGAUGCGGUGGACUCGCAUGUGCAUCGAAACUUGCAAAGAAGCUACCAAAAGAUAGCAUAGCUAUUAUUGAUAAGAAUGACACACAUAUUUAUCAACCAGGUUGGACAUUAGUUGGUGCAGGUUUAAAAACAGCUGAAGAGCUUGAAAAACCACAAUCACAAUUUAUUCCACAAAAUACAACAUGGAUUCAAUCAUACGCUAAUAAAAUUGAACCAGAAAAAAAUCUUGUUCAAUUGGAUGAUGGCAGAAAAAUCAGCUAUGAAUAUUUGAUUGUUGCUGCUGGUAUAGAAAUGAACUUCGAUAAAAUCAAAGGAGCUGUUGAUGCGUUGGACAAUGAUCCACAACAUGUCAUUAGUAUCUAUACUAGGAAAUAUGUUCGCAAUGUUUUUAACACACUGAAUAAUUUUCGUGGUGGUCAAGCAAUAUUUACAUUUCCAAUGAUGCCUAUCAAAUGUCCAGGAGCACCACAAAAAAUUAUGUAUCUUGCUGAAGAUUUAUUCCGAAGGAAUAAUGUACGUGAUAAAAUAACGGUUAUGUAUAAUACGUCAUUACCCGUGAUUUUCGGCGUUAAAAAAUAUGCAGCUGCUUUAAUGGAGAUCGUCAAAGAACGAAAUAUUCAAUUAAAUACUCGACUGAAUCUUGUUGAAGUACGUGCAAAAUCAAAAGAAGCUAUCUUUGAAAAUCUUGAUCAACCUGGCACUAUGAAAACAUUCAAAUAUGAUGUAUUGCAUAUUGGUGUUCCAAUGCAACCCUUUGAAUUUUUGGCAAAAUCUCCAUUGGCCGAUGCUAAUGGUUUUGUUGAUGUUGUUAAAGAAACAUUACAACACAAGAAAUUUCCGAAUGUCUUUGGCAUUGGAGAUUGUACUAAUAUCCCAACAAGUAAAACAGCGGCUGCGAUUGCUGGAUCGAAUUCUAUUCUUGUUCGAAAUUUAAGUAAUUUAAUGUUCGGCACAAAUCAUCCUGUUCACAAAUAUGAUGGUUAUACAAGUUGUCCAUUGGUAACAGGUUAUAACAAAUGUAUUUUAGCUGAAUUCGAUUUCGAUGGAAAUCCAUUAGAAACUUUACCUAUCAAUCAAGCAAAAGAACUUCGACUUUCGUAUAUAUUAAAAAAAGAUGUGAUGCCAACGAUGUAUUGGAAGAUGUUAAUCACAGGUAAUUGGAAUGGACCAGCAGUGUUUCGCAAAUUGUUCCGUCUAGGCGGAGCAAAAUAA